AUCAUGAUCGAGUUCUGCCCUGGAGGAGCCGUAGAUGCUACUAUGUUAGGUAAGGAGACAUGCAGUACUGUAGGCAGGGUAGUGCUGUAUAUGUGUGUACUCUAUAAUAUGUGUUCUCUCCCUUGGAACAUUGUUUUCAUAAGCAGAUUCCAUGCCUGAGGCCAUAGCUGCAACUGCCAUGGCACUGUUGCUCUUUAUGAUAUUGCUUUAUUAAGAAAUAAUUAUCGAACUGGGCCAAGUGACGUCUCGUUGUAAUGGGUCUGCUAUUGUUGCGAGGCACUAAGGGCAGACAGAGGAGACCCACACACUGUGGGAAAUGCACUGUUUUCCUUUGAUAAUCCAGCUCCUCAUUCAGCAGUUGCUGGCCCCAAAUACAGCUAACCAAACACUGAGAAAAUAGAAAAUGUCCUGGUUUAGCAUGUAAAUGUUUUCUUUAAGCCAAUUUACGCUCUCAGGGGGCAGUAGCCUCUUAAGACUACUUACAGCUUGUACUGGCAGCAACUCCAUCUGCCUCAUGGAAAAGUCCCAAUGAACCACUUGCCUUUUAUAGGGACUUUGGUUCUCCGUUAAAGUUGAGUUGUACCAUUUUCCUGUUGAGGUAAAACCUUAACCAUUGAUGUACGUUAACGUGAUCCCCUAACCUGUCCCCUCCUCUCUCUGAUCUGCAGAGCUGGACCGGGGCCUGAUGGAGCCUCAGAUCCAGGUGAUCUGCAGACAGAUGCUGGAGGCGCUGGUCUACCUCCACAGCAUCAAGAUCAUCCACAGAGACCUGAAGGCUGGGAACAUUCUCCUCACCCUGGAGGGAGACAUCAAGCUAGGUGAGACUAUCUUCUCCCUCCACAAUGUUCUACUCAUAAUGUACUCUUCUUCUCGAAUACUGAAACCUCAUGUUUCCAGAAUGCUACAACCAAUGUUCUUCUAGAUUCCACAGCACUUAGCCAUCUGCCAUAAUUUUCCUCUAUGCCCCUGUCCUAUCAAGUGUCCAUCCCACAGAACAGGGCUGUUAUCCACCUCAGUCUAAAAGUAUUUGGAAUAAUUCUCCAAUAAGCUACAGACUUCUCAUUGGACAUUGUAUAAUGGUCACGUUGUCUUUGGAAAGAGUUAUCUUGUUGGUCAGCAGAGCAGGAUUGGAAUUUUCACAUGAAUGUUGCAUACACGCAAUCAACACACUUAGAAUAAAUCCUUCCCUGAGGCAUCUCGGAAGAAUAAAAUGUGAGAUGCGUGGGCAAACGGCAUUCUGAUACGUUUUUCUGUAAAAUGUGAUUUGUAGCUAGUAUUCUAUUGAGUUUCAGCAUUCCUGAAGUUCUUUGUGCUGAGGAUUUGGGUCCAAACGGUUGAUAGCAGAUUUUUGUUGAAGCACCACUUGCCUAACAACAUGGCUGCUUUUGUGGAGCCUAUAAUAGCUUUAUAAAUGUCAGUUGGAGAGAAUCUGAGGAGCUGUGCUCUACUCGACAGGGCUGCCGGUGACUCCCGUGACCUUUUAAGGACCCUCUGUGGACUCCCCCCUUUCAGCUUCUUUUUGACAGGCCUCGGCAUGGGCACCCCCCAUUCAGAAACUUCAUACAGUCUGACUGAUCCCUCAUGAUAUAAGGCCCUCUUCAAUGCCCUGAAAUAUUUUCACAAGCACAGACACCAGAGCUUUGAUUUAAUGACUGGGAGUUGCCUCUGGAGUCAUUAAGUCAGUCCAGUCGGUCUCAGAAAAACCUCUGUUGCUGCUUAACAGAGAGCCUUUAAUGGCAAGUUACAGUACACUUCAUAUGAAGCUAGUCUGUUAUGCAUUUUUCCUUGAAGGUUUUUGCUCCACAGAUUUAGAGCAUUUAGAUUUGUUUUUCAGGUGGAGAGUAUAGAUACCCAUGAUGUCUAGUUAGUGUCACAGAUGGGGAAAGUUAUUGAGUAUUUUUGUCCUAGUUUAUAGGGUUUUCCCAUUCAUUCAUCUUCCAUUGAAAAUUAAUUGGCCCCUAUAGAAUUCCUCAAGGCCUAACAGGAAACUAACACCAUACUUACCAAAAGGGAAGUCUGAAAUCUCAGUUCAUGAUUUAAGAAACCGUUAAAAGGUCAAGAUUGACUAGAAUCUGGAGACUUUUGCCAGCAUUGCUCUGGUCUCAUCCCAGGCUGUCACUGUUAAUGUCCUAAGAAAGACUAAUGUGCAGCUAAAGCAGAAACAACAUCUCUGUAAGCGCUGGGUCGUGUCUGGGGAAAUGGAACUGUCGAUUUGGGAUAUUGUGCCCGUUCAGUAAAUUGAAUGUCAGCUUUGCGUCUCCCCUCAAUGAUGUCAUGGGAGUUUACGGUGUGGAAAUGAAUACGAUGCUGAAGCGCGAAAUCGGGAGUGUAUGAUAGGCUGCCUAGUCUUUGCAAGUCUGAUCUGUGAUGGAUUUGAUAUUAUGUUUAUACUGGUCAUACUGGUCACAAUAAACCGUGUGGUAGUCUUUUCAACAUUUAUCGAACAAAAGCUUUGUCCGUGUAGAGGCCCGUCUCUAAUAAGCGCUGGUUGUGUUCAGUGAUUGAAGGAAAUAAGGGCCCAGGCUAUAAAUUGUUUUAUGGUAUUCCUGCCCCGAAAGAAGAUAUCAGGUUAUAACACUGGCCCAUCAAUCAUCCUCUCUAACAAGAAAUGGAAUUCAGAAUAUAAAAAAAACACCUGUUGUUUCUUUGUGCUUGCAGCGGAUUUUGGUGUGUCAGCAAAAAAUACCAAAACCCUACAAAGAAGGGACUCUUUCAUAGGAACACCAUACUGGUAAGUACUUGUACAUACACAUGAAAACAGAGUAAUGUAAAUUGGUGCCGCACACUGCCACUGGGUGCGUCUCAAAUGGCACGUUAUUCCCUUUAUAGAGCACUACUUUUGACCAGGGCCCAUGGGUGCCAUUUGGGACGCACACAGUGUUUAAUGGGAUUAUGGUGGUACUGCAUGACUAGAAGUUAAGAAUAUCCUUCCUACUACCCAUGACACCUUGUGAACCAGUUAUAUGUCCUGCUUGACAUCAUAAUAUCAUUACUUACAGUAGUUUACAGUCGUUAUGGUUUGAUCAUAACCUUACAAGGCUCUUGUAAAAGCUGUUAUGUAUUAGUGUGGUUCUGGACCUUGUGCUCUGGCUGGUCCUCCAAUGAUCAUGGUUGGGUUGAAGUUAACUAUUGACCAGAACACAUCUCAUCCAAGGCAAUGUCAUCUAAAAUAGCCUCUGUCACCCUGCCCAGGUGUUGUGCAAUGUUCACUAGCUUCAUAAAUGAGUAACAGAUGCAAUUUCUCUCUGUAUUUUACUGUGAAUGUGAAGCCAAGCAGUGUACUAUUUCUGAAGAUUAUGUAAUAUGUCACUUUUGAUUGUAGGAUCGUAGGCACUUUUGAUCAUAGGCCUCUGGCAUCUCCAGAGCUCAGAUUUGAAGUACAUAGGCUACUAUCCACUUGGUCCGUUAACAUAGCUUAAUCGAAAGUCAAACUCAAACAAAUAUGUGCACAAGAUUUGGCAUUUCGAGCUUAACCAUUUGUCCUCUAUUGUGCUAUAUUGUAUUCUAGGAUGGCUCCGGAGGUAGUGAUGUGUGAGACCAUGAAGGACGCUCCGUACGACUACAAGGCUGACAUCUGGUCACUUGGUAUCACCCUGAUCGAGCUGGCCCAGAUCGAGCCCCCGCACCACGAACUCAACCCCAUGAGGGUCCUGCUGAAGAUAGCCAAGUCUGAGCCCCCUACCCUGGAGCAGCCCAACAAGUGGUGAGACACAGGAUAGGGAGAGGAGGAGAAAAAGAGAGAGGGGGGGUGAUGUAGAGUUCGAAACCCUAGGCUACAAGCCAGUGAAGACAGCACUUUGACUGUGCAUAGCUGUGGCCUUUCUAAUCAGUUUUUAUGAGGUGGUGCGUUCCAUCGCUCAGCAGAUGCAAAAGUUUGGGCCUGUUCUCCCCGGGUGCUGAGAGCUAUGCUCCAGAUGGGGAGAGCAUUGCUAGUGAAGUUUUAUUUUUCUAAGGAAAUACAGUUCCUUCAGAAAGUAUUCACACCCCUUGACGUUUUCCACAAUUGUGACCCGUUUCAAGGAGCUAGGCGUAUGUCGCACGUCACUACUUCACAGGAGAGGCAUUUGAACGCUUUAUUUAUUUAUCAAAAUGUGUUUUUUGGCAGAAAUGCCUUGUGGAACACGAACUUUCAUGUGCCUUAAUAAUAAACAUUUAUGCCAUCAGUACAUACGAAUACAAUUCUUAAAUUACGAGCCUAGGUGGUUUAGCCAAUGAAAAAGACAGGAAUCUUCCCGCUAGCCAUAAUUGGCUGAGAUAUAAUGAGAUAAUGGAUGGGCUGGACAUACCGAGAGAUGAGUUCGGAUUGGUCUGCCGUGUAGCAUGCUUCUGAGCUGCUCAGUAUGUGGAAAUAAUCAUUUCUACAGCAGCUUUUUUGAAAGAUAUAACGUUAGCCAUAGAGAACUGACAGUGUUGCUGCUGCUCUCAAAGAUGAGUGGGAAAUCAUUGUGAUGGACAAACGUUACUUUCUGCACACGGUUGACCGGUGUGACUUGACACAACAACGGUCCAAACAAGCUGUAGCUGGCUACAAACCAAACGGAGAAGACACGCUGCCUUGAAGCGUUCAUCCAUGUAUAUGGGUAAGAGUCUAGCUACAUUUUCAGAUAUUAUACGCUUCUAAUUUUGUCAGUCAUUUUCAUUGCAAGUUAAAGCAUACUGUUCGCUAGCUAGCGAACAUUAGCUAGCUGGCUCGCUAGUCAACGUUACAUGUAUGAUUCUGUGUAGUAAUAUUAUUUGUAUCUCAGAAAUCCAUUUGCAUUGCUAGUUAUAGUUUAAUGUUAACUAGCCAGCUAACAUUGAACCUAGUUGGUUAGCUAUAGCAACCUGCAGAUUCAUACUCCAGCAUUACAUGGAUAGUGGCUAGCUAUGCCAAUCUGUUUGUACUGUAGCUAUGGGUUGGGAUUAUGGUUCAUUCUUUAGCUAGCUACAUGUCUAAACAAAAAAACUCCACUUCGAAGAGAAUGAUUACAUGACCCAUCAAGUUAGCCAGGUGUGUCUAGGGGUGAUUACGGCCAUCUAUUGUAUUUCAUGACCGUGUGUACAUGUCUAGACAAUAGUCACCUAUCCACUUAGCUAGAUGUGGCUGGGGGGUGGUUAUAGCAUUUCCAAUAAUUAUAAAAUAUUUUUAUUUGGACAUGUUCAAAAUCAGAUUAGGAUAUAGGCCAAGGACUAGAUAAAGUGUAUUUUUACUUGGAGUUUUUCCUUAUUGUAGGCUGCCACUUCCACCACUUUUAGUCUUGAAAUCUUUGAUUGUUUACCUUAAAGAGAUGGGUGGGGCUAAGGGUUAAGAGGGUGUGAACGAUGAUGAAUAGAUGCAGACAAAGAAGAGUUCUCCAGUAGGUGUACCAAAACAUUCAAGAUCCAUUUUCUCAAAAGUGGGGUUACAAGUUUAUCAACUUUCAAAGCAGAUUUUCUUUCCCAUUGUUCCUCAACUGCAGUGUAUGAUAUACCAUUUUCUAGUCUCUACUUUUAUCCAAUGUAAAAAACACAAUUUCAAAUGUUGCUACAUAGGACCCGAAUCCAGGUGGUGGGUCACAUUUUGUUGUUACAAAGUGGAAUUAAAAUGCAUUUAAUUGUAAUUUUUUGUCAAUGACCUACACAGAAUACUCUGUCAAAGUGGAAGAAAAAUUAUAACAUUUAUUUAAAAAAAUAUCUUGAUUUAGAUAAGUAUUCAACACAGCGAUUACAGCGGAGUCUUUCUGGAUAAAUAUCUAAGGGUUUUCCACACCUGGAUUGUGUAACAUUUGCCCAUUCUUUUAAAUUCUUCAAGCUCUAUCAAAUUGGUUGUUGUCCCAAAAAAUUGUCAAAGACUCGAGUCACCCAAGUCAUAGUCUGUUCUCUCUGCUACCGCACGGCAAGCGGUACCGGAGUGCCAAGUCUAGUACCAAAAGACUCCUUAACAGCUUCUACCCCCAAGCCAUAAGACUGCUGAACAAUUAAUCAAAUGGCUACCCAGACUAUUUACAUUGACACCUCCCCCCUUUGUUUUUACACUGCUGCUACUCGCUGUUUAUUAUCUAUACAUAGUCACCUUACCCCUACCUACAUGUACAAAUUACCUCAACUAAUCUGUACCCCCGCACAUUGACUCAGUACCAGUAUCCCCUGUAUAUAGCCUCGUUAUUGUUAUUUAUUGUGUAACUUUUUAGUUAUUUUUUACUUAAUUUUUUUUUGUAAAUAUUUUCUUAACUCAAUUUCUUGAACUGCAUUGUUGGUUAAGGGCUUGUAAGUAAGCAUUUCACGGUAAGGUCUACACCUGUUGUAUUCGGCGCAUUUGAUUUGAUCAUUGCUAGACAAUUUUUAGGUCUUGCCAUAGAUUUUCAAGCAGAUUUAAGUAAAAACUGUUACUCAGCUACUCAGGAACAUUCACUGUCUUCUUGGUAAGCAACUCGUGUAGAUUUGGCCUUGUGUUUUAGGUUAUUGUCCUGCCUAAAGGUGAAUUCAUCUCCCAGUGUCUGGUGUAAAGCAGACUGAACCAGGUUUUCCUCUAGGAUUGCCUGUGCAUAGCUCCAUUCCCUUUCUUUUUUUAUCCUGAAAAACUCCCCAGUCCUUAAGGAUUACAAGUAUACCCAUAGCAUGAUGCAGCCACCACUAUGCUUGAAAAUAUGGAGAGUGGUACUCAGUAAUUGGUUGUAUUGGAUACACUCCAAACAUACUUUUUGUGCUGGAUACAAAGUGCUAUUUGCCACAUUUUUUUUGCUGUAUUACUUUGGGCCUUGUUGCAAACAGGAUGUAUAUUUUGGAAUAUUUUUUAUUCUGUACAGGCUUCCUUCUUUUCACUCUGUCAAUUAGAUUAGUAUUGUGGAGUAACUACAAUGUUGUUGAUCCAUCCUCAGUUUUCUCCUAUCACAGCCAUUAAACUCUGAAACUGUUUUAAAGUCACCAUUGGCCUCAUGGUGAAAUCCAUCAGUGGUUUCCUUCCUCUCCGGCAACUGAGUUAGGAAGGACACAUGUAUGUUUUGUAGUGACUGGGUGUAUUGAUACACCAUCCAAAGUGUAAUUAAUAACUUCACCAUGCUGAAAAGGGAUAUUUAAUGUUUGCUUUUUUUGUUUUUACCCAUCUACCCUUCUUUGCGAUGCAUUUGAAAACCUCCCUGGUCUUUGGGGUUGAAUCUGUUUGAAAUUCACUUCUCAACUGAGGUACCUUACAGGUAAUUAUGUGUGGGGUACAGAUAUGAGGUAGUCAUUCAAAAAUCAUGUUAAACACUAUUAUUGCACACAGUGAGUCCAUGUAACUUACUAUGUGACUUAAGCACAUUUUUACUCCUGAGCUUAUUUAGGCUUGCCAUAACAAAGGGGUUAAAUACUUACUGACUCAAGAGAUUUCAGCUUCUCAUUUUUAAUAAAAAAUAAACAACAUAAUUCCACUUUGACAUGGAGUAUUGUGUGUAGGCCUGUGACGACAAAUCUCAAUUUUAAUAUUUUUUAAAUUCAGGCUGUAACACAACAAAAUGUGGAAAGUGUCAAGGGGUGUGAAUACUUUUUGAAGGCACUGUAUAGCUGUGUUUAUAGCAAUGAUUACCCACCCUGAAGCGUUGUGCAGCCAACUGUGUAUGCUAUUCUUGAGUCUGUUCCGUUCUAGCCUCCAAUGUCAUGAAGUUGUGUAGUGAAAAUACAAUAUCUCCUUCUUUCCGUCCUUCUUUGAUUAAUGUUCCCGGAAUUCUGUGUGUUUAAGGUCACGGGAGUUUAAGGAUUUCCUGAAAAAGUCGUUGGAUAAGAAUCCGGAGAGUCGGCCAAACGCAGCCCAGCUCCUGGAGGUAAGAUAGUCACUCUAUAGUCUAGCUCGGUCUCUUUGAUGUAUGAGGACGGUUUCCCCUUAUCUCAUUCUUCAUAGGUCCACGAUCUUAUCCUCCCAAACAUCAGCUUUUUCAGACAUGAGGAAUGGGAAGAUGAUACAAUGGGUAAAUGAGCGGUACCAUACAGAGGGCAUUUGGGAGAUGGAGGGAGAGAGAGAGAGAGAGAGAACAAGGAAAUAAGAGACGAGGCGUCUAUUAAAAUGCAGGAUCCACUGCUUCCUGUCUGGGUCCGAAAGCAGGGGGGAUCGCUAGCAAUUUGUAUUCCUGUUUCCAGCUAAUGGCACUUUGGGAUUUCUCCGUAUUCUCUCUACCCCUGGCCAAUUACAGGGGCCGUGUAUCCUGGCCAAAAGCCUGCUGGGAGUUUACAGAGCACCGGAGAGAGACCGGAGUGGUCGCGUUCGGUGCCACACUGUAGGUUUUGAUCUCUAUCAUACCACUGCUGCUUUUAACCCCAGUGAGAUAGCAUUGAUGGGAAUGAGACCCAUUGAACAGCAGCUAUCCGCACUCGCUGUGGCUUAUUGACACACUUUGUGACAGGGGGAGGAUGCCUUGGGGUUACUUUGUCUGUGCUGUGGCUCACUCAUUACAUUGACAUUUUAGUCAUUUAGCAGACGCUCUUAUCCAGAGCGACUUACAGUUAGUGAGUGCAUAAAAAUGUUUCAUACACGUUGAUUGAGAUAGCUGGAAAUCUAAUUGUUAGAGGUCAGUUUAUUUGUAUCCAUUAUUCCAGUCAACGCUUGGACGAUGUCCAUGUGCUAUAGUAUGUGUCAGGGGACAAACAUAAAACAGUCUAGUCAAUGUGACUGUAGCUCUCCUCUCUCCCACUCUGUUAUGUCAUGUCCAUGGCUUCCUCAUCCCAUGUGGGGAAUGUUGUAUACAUGUUGUCUACACAACCACAUGAUGAAGUAUCAUAAUUUACCACAGCUGUGACGGUGGAUCUGGUGGGGACCAUCUGUCCCUAACUACAGAUUUUAGGAUCAGAUUACCCAAGCCCAAAUCCCGACAUUAACCAUUAGGAGGAAAGGACAAGAACUGACCCUGGACCAGAGGUUAUGAAUAACUUCACCCAACUCCAGCCAUUCUGUGCCUCUACCUCUCUGAAGCCAGCCACGUAGGCCAUGUGGUUCACAUUGAAGCAUUUUGCGCUCCGCGGCCCAUCAGCCGUCCAGACCAGACCAGCCCCUCCCUGACAGAAACAUCAGAGGGAGCCGUUAAGCUGGGCUGAGCCACGGCUGGAUCAAACAAGGCUGGGAACUAAUGCUGGUCCGUUUGCUUUCUUCAACCACUGAACAUUUUGCUUAAUGUAGCAGUGGUGGUCCGGGCUCAUUUUUCAUAGUAAACCUGUUGAAGCCGGAGGGGCAGAGUAAAGUCUCAGAGUAGGAGUGCUGAUCUAGGAUCAGCUUUGCCUUUUUAGAGUAUAAUGAAUACAUUACAUGGACAAGAGGGAACUGAUCCUAGAUCAACACUCCUACUCAAAGAUGCUUUAUGAAUAUGGGCCCUGAGUUGUGAAGCUCCUUUGUGAGACCGGGCAUGGGGAGAGGUUCUCAUGGGGCCUCAAAGGGGCUGCUGUGUGAUAUGUGUUGAAUCAACAGAAUUACCACAACCUGCCAGAAAAGGAUUCACUGUUCAGUUGAGCAGAAACCAAACCUGUGUUUUAUAGAGCGGUAGCUUCCAUGGAUACCCAGGAAGUGUUAAUGCGUUGUUUCAAAGAGUGUCUGAAUAAUUUCUGUUGAACUUCCUGUGAGCCAUGUUCAUAAGUCUUAGUGAGGUGUUUUCAAAUGCUUCUCACUGCUUUCCUUGCUACCCCAGACACUGUGUUGUGGUGUUCAAGUCCAGCACUUUGCCUGGGUGUUUUUCCUCUCCUGUGUGAUAGCUGGCACUCUGCUUUCCCUGAGUCAUUGUUGACUUUAUACAUUUUCUGUCAUUGGAGAAGUUAAAAGCUAAUGCUAUCCACACGGAUGGAGGCAGCCCAGAGGGUCCCUUUCUGCCUCAGCCACUCUCCUCUCACAUGCCUACCUGCCUGCCUGUGCCAGCUGGGCCAAUUAAAUUAGUCAUUGUGCAAAUCACCUAAAUAAUGGAUGACUUGCUCUUUUAUUUUUGCUGCACUUACCUUUUCACAGCCUUGUUUGUGGCUGUCAAAUUAUCCCCUCAAGCCUGCUCCUAUUCUUACACUAAUUUAAAUUAUUCAUAUUUUUUUUUUUUUAGCUCGGUCUUAUCUAGGAACUUGGUAUUAUAAGCACAUGAGGAUUAGGGGUAAUCUUCAUUGUUUCAUCAGGGUGAGCUCAUACCCUGGUCUCGUGGAUGCUUGCUACUGUUUCUACUGUUUAGAAACACCCAUGGGUAGAUACAGGUGGCAGAUUACAUUUCUGUCUCCUGUGAAAGUACCGUUUUCCUGUUUGCUUUCUAUGCCCCUGUCAAUCAGGUGUUGUUCUAUGGUUGUAACAUGGUUGUCCUUACUCCCCCUCUUUUUAUCGCCCCCCCCCCCCAGCACCCCUUUGUCUGCUCGGUGAAGACCAACAGACCCCUGCGAGAGCUGGUUGCCGAGGCGAAGGCUGAAGUCAUGGAGGAAAUUGAGGACAAUAAAGAGGAAGGAGAGGAGGAUGACACCGCUGAGUUCACAGUCCCAGUGGUAAGACCCUUUUACUGCUCUCUCGCCUGUGGCCCUUUAUCCUUUCCUGCAUUCCUUUUCUCCUAUAUCCCUCUCUUUCUCGUACAAUGAACUUUCACAUCCGUUCUUAUCAGUGGCGCUUUCCUAUUGUUUCCUUAAGUCCUCGUUUCACAUAGGCCUCAAAGUAGUUUGGUUUAUACAACCAAUAAAUAUUCUGUUUUAACAAUCAUUGUGAGAGUGAAAUUAAGGGAGGAUAUUGUGAUAUGUACAUAGCUGAAUAAAAGUACAGUACUUUUGGCAGUUUCUAUGUAUGGUGACUUUUCUUUUGAUAGUUUCUGCUUGCGUGCCCCACACACCAGAAUCUGCAGCUUCCUGUGCACCAGUGUGGGCCCCUCCUGGGUGCAUGAAUCAGCUGUGUAGUGCUAGGGCAAAAACCUACAUGUGCACCCAGGGGGGCCCCAGGACGGAGUUAGGAAAACCCUGGUCUAGACUCAGACUGGGCAGGGGAAGUGGUCAGGACAGCUCUCUCUAAAGUGUGGGGGGGUUUCUGUGGUGUUCGGUUAGCACACACUGAGAUGGGGCAGAGGACACGCACACACUGCUCACUGAGAGGAUAGAACGGACACUAAAGCACAUUCUGCACACACUGAUAGUCACACACUCCCUGGGCGACCUCAAACUCCAGCUGCCAUGGUCAUUAUGUCCAUGAUGAGGACUCAAUAUGGUCUUUCUACUAUUCAAACACAGAUUGAGCCUAGUCCUGGACUAAAAAGCAAUCUUAAUGGAGAAUCUCCAUUGAAAAUGGGUUUGAAUCCAGGAUUAGGCUUAAUCUGUGUCCGGUAAACCGCCCCUAAAACAUCUACUAUUCAAACACUAUAAGAUCUGCUAAUCAAACGCUUCCAGUUAACUGUUUUUCUGGUUGAGAGUAAUAGGUUUACUGUAUAUGAAUGUAUUGGGGGACUGGAUUAGAAAGUGAGGGGAAAUCCGAAGCCACUAAAUCACUGGUGCUCAACAAAGGAACAUCAUUUGGAACACUUGCUUUCACACACCCAGUUACCCACCGCAAAAAAUAGAGGCUAUUUGUUGUCCUGUACACCGGCACAAAUAUCGCUUUACCUCCUCUUGGGGGACUUAAUUAUUUAAAGUUUGACAUGGUUCCUUUUCCACAGACAUGCCCCUUAGAUAAACAUAUACACUUGCAUUUAAACUGUAUGUUUUCCUAAUAAAACUGUGCUGAAGGGAAGUUGGACAUUAGAUUGGUAGGAUUGUUUCUAGGUGAUAAUGAGUCAUUCAUAACUGUUAUGUGAUAUGGACCUGAGGUCAUUUCAGGUCUGUAAUUUUAGAUGGACCAUAGCAGUCGUCUUCCUUAUUGCUACCCUUCGCUCAUCAGUAGAGUCAGCUGUCUGUCCUGUCCUCUAGCAUUAUAGCUACUGCUGACACAGUCAAGAGAUCAGCACGUUUCAUUCCUGCACUCUCCUGACGGAAAACCCCCGUACGCAAACGCGCACACACACUCCAAACUGCUUUCUUCUGACAAUCAGAAACCCCCCUCCCCAGACGGAAAUGCAAGGCCUGAGAGUGCAGCUUUCAGGAAUUCUUAGUCAUCCUUCACCACACACACACACACACACCCCAGAGGUACAGUAUGAUCAAAAAGGGUAGUUUUGAGAUAUUCAUAUUUGUAAAGUUGAAUACAUUAAUGUGAAAAAUCGUAUUUCAGAAUCUAGACAUACUCUAAGAUGUUGUCUGUAUCAUGUAAGGUCAGAGGUGGCACCACAGGUCCCAGAGUGGUGGUACCACCUUUUUUCUCCUGAUGGUUACUUGCAGGUAAAACUCUAGAACCUAGUUGUAGCAGGGACCUUAAGGGUUGCCCUAUUGUCUGGGGCAAGUGAACUGAGCAGCCGGGCAAGUUGAGCCUGCUCUAAAGUUGCCCCAGGUAAAAAAACUGAACCACAAAAAUGUAAGGAAUUCCCUUAAGCCUAAAACUGAUCUUUCUGGUUCAUCCCCAUUUAUUUAAGUGGAAGACGGACUAUAUAUGGCAGCCGGGCUAGUUGAGCCUGAUUUGUGGUUGUCCCAUUAGGCAGAGCAUUUAAAAAAACUGGCUUAGGCUAUAAAUGCGUAACGUUAAAGCUUAGUUUCCCCUGGCCAAAUAAGACAGGGCACAUAGGUGGAGGCUACAGUUGAUCAGAGUGAUACAGCAUGUCAGUUCGCUACUGUUUAGGUGUAGGCUACAGUUGAUCAGAGUGAUACAGCAUGUCAGUUCGCUACUGUUUAGGUGUAGGCUACAGUUGAUCAGAGUGAUACAGCAUGUCAGUUCGCUACUGUUUAGGUGUAGGCUACAGUUGAUCAGAGUGAUACAGCAUGUCAGUUCGCUACUGUUUAGGUGUAGGCUACAGUUGAUCAGAGUGAUACAGCAUGUCAGUUCGCUACUGUUUAGGUGUAGGCUACAGUUGAUCAGAGUGAUACAGCAUGUCAGUUCGCUACUGUUUAGGUGUAGGCUACAGCAACAUUUCUGUAAAGAGUUUUUGCUUGGGUCUGUCGGGAGUGAGUUAUUUUCAUGUUUGCUAAAAUAAUACUGGAGUAAAGUGGAGAGUGCUUUCUAUAUACGUGCGCAUGCCAGACCUGCAAUUUCCGUAAGUCUGAUUUGGUACACACACACACACAAACACAACCUGCAGCACUCUGGUGAGAAGGACAUGGGCUACUAAUUGUGUGUGAGUUGACGAAUUAUGAGGCAAGGCAAGUCCAUCUAAAAAACAGGAAGCCUACUUUGUCCCUGUUUUCAAUGCUUUAGCGUCAUGAUUUUGUAUUAAACCAAAUAAAAAGUGGUGGGGUUCUGCCCCACCUAAUUGAAAAGGACUGGAGCAAAUGCCUGCUCGCCACACGUUUGCCGGCGGCCCUGAUACACACACACAGUGUAGUAGCGGAUGUAUUGGCGGAUAGGUUGUAAACAGCCGUCUCAGGGUCUGGAGAGCAGCCAGCCAGCCAGUUCUCUCUGGUAUGAUCUUCUCUCCAAUUGUUUUUAGAGGAGCCAUUAGAAAGGCUGGCCCCGGUCGUAAAGAUGGCUGAUGACAUUGUUUGCUUAAGGCUCCGAGACAGCUCUCUGCACGUGAGCCACGGGACAUCAACAGGAUCUACACCUGUUGUUAUUAUUAGUGUGUUAUUACUGAUUACAUACUUAUCUCCGGUGCACAGAGCAGAGUAGGUAAGUGAUGUAGGUAGGAGUUUAAAAAGGAACAACUGCAUUGCUCCAGACAGUACCACUAAAGGUCAACGCUGCCGAUCUACUGCCAUAUGAAGCCGAGAACUUCAGCAUUAGGACUAAGACCAUUAAGCAUUACGGCUAAGUCCAUUUCAUUUGGCUCGUAUUAGAGGGAUCACUUUGAACAUUGGCGCUGAAGGUGCUUCUGGGGAAAAGGUGUGAAAAAGGCACCCGUGUUGAAAUGCUUUGUCACAUAACAAUGUUCCUCCUCUCCCCAGCCUCCAGGCAAGGACCUGUCUCAAACCAGUCAGACCAGUCUACAAGGGGACAAUGCCCCAGACACACCCACCAAAACCCCCGUGGUGGAUGAGGCCAAACUCCCCGUGAGACCUUCCCGCAGGAAGGAUGACCAGCUGAUUGACCAACAGCUCCCCGAUGAGGGCAUCAGCAUUGUGGACUCUGACAAGCCCGAGAGCGAGACCUCUGGCAAGGCCUUCUCCAGCUCCGACUCGGGCAUCGAGGAUGGGAAGAGCACCCCCACCUCGGACGAGGGCAAGCCUGAGACAGAGAACCCGGCCCUUCUGGCACAGCCUGAGGUGGUAGAGGUACCAAAGAUGCCCCAAAGCCAGUUGGUGGAGGAGGGAGGAAGCGGUGGCAUGGGCAGUUGGCAGAUGCCCGUGACUGGGGGAACAGGGCCCACCACCCCUACCCCAGACCCCACACCUUUGAUCGGGCUGAACGGCAGCAUGAGGAGCGUAGGGGCUAACAUGGACAACCUGAUGCCCCACCACAACGCCAACGGCAGGAUCUCCAAGAGGUACUCUGACGCGGGCAGCGUGUCUGCUUCUGAGAGCAUGGACAUCAGCCUCAACCUGUCAGGAGACAUGUCAGUCAACAAGGACAAUGGAUCCCUCUGCCCCAGGGUGGUGAGUAAUCCCAUAUUUAAUGUCACAUUUCCAAUUAUUUAUCCUAGUGUUUUACCCAAAAAAACUCAGACUUUUGUAUUUCCACGGCCCGGCUCCAGUGACUCACUGGGCCAUGGUCUCGGCAGACCUGCUCUGGCUUGGGGCCAAGGCGAGACAACUGGGAUAUUUUGGGGUGCAUUUUACAUAACAAUGGCUAGCUGUGGACAUGGAUUAACACCUUCCAUGGUUAACACCUUCUCACAAAGCCGCUGUUUUGAUUAUGCAAAGAUAAAAAAAAAAUAGCACAUUCUAAGAUGACAUGACGGAGUAGAGUAAUGUCAAGUAUCAGUGACUGGACCAGUGUGGGCCUCUUGACAAUGUCAUACGUCAUGACUGAGGUAUUACUGGGACACAAGGGUGUGUGUGUAGGAGAGUAGCCCAACUCCGGUUAUUACAUGAGCUUGACUUCUCCUUGGAAAAUCUUCCCAGGGAGGAACUGAAACGGUUAUGUGUAAUGUUGUGAUUUGGCCCUAGGGCAGGGAUCAUCAAGUAGAUUCAGCCGCCGAGACGUUUAAAAAAAAAUUUCUGGGGCGGAUGGUCUUGGGGCCCGGAACAUAUUUACAAAUAAUUUGUAGACUGCAAAUUGACCUUAAGAAGCCCAAACAGAUGCACUAUAUGACCAAAAGUAUGUGGACACCUGCUCGUCGAAUAUCUCAUUCCAAAAUCAUGGGCAUUAAUAUGGAGUUGGUCCCCCCUUUACUGUUAUAACAGCCUCCACUCUUCUGGGAAGGCUUUCCACUAGAUGUUGGAACAUUUCUGUGGGGACUUGCUUCCAUUCAGCCACGAGCAUUAGUGAGGUCGGGCACAGAUGUUGGGCGAUUAGGCCUGGCUCACAGUCGGCGUUCCAAUUCAUCCCAAAGUUGUUCGAUGGGGUUGAGGUCAGGGCUCUGUGCAGGCCAGUCUUCUUCCACACCGAUCUCGUCAAACUAUUUCUGAAUGCACCUCGCUUUGUGCAUGGGGACAUUGUCAUGCUGAAACAGGAAAGGGCCUUUCCCAAACUGUAGCCAUAAAGUUGGAAGCACAGAAUCGUCUAGAAUGUCAUUGUAUGCUGUAGCGUUAAGGUGCCUAGCCUGAACCAUGAAAAACAGCCCCAGACCAUUAUUCCUCCUCCACCAAACUUUACAGUUGGCACUAUGCAUUGGGGCAGGUAGCGUUCUCCUGGCAUCUGCCAAAUCCAGAUUCGUCCGUCGGACUGCCAGAUGGUGAAAUGUGAUUCAUGACUCCAGAGAACGUUUCCACUCUCCAGAUUCCAAUGGCGGCAAGCUUUACACCACUCCAGCCGACGCUUUGCAUUGCGCAUGGUGAUCUAGGCUUGUGUGUGGCUGCUCGGCCAUGGAAACCCAUUUCAUGAAGCUCCCGAUGAACAGUUAUUGUGCUGACGUUGCUUCCAGAGGCAGUUUGGAACUCUGUAGUGAGGGUUACAACCGAGGACAGAUUAUUUUUAUGCGCUUCAGCACUUGGCUGUCCCGUUCUGUAAACUUGUGUGGCCUACCACUUCGUGGCUAAGCCAUUGUUGCUCCUAAACGUUUCCACUUCACAAUAACCGGGGCUGCUGUAGCAGGGCAGAAAUUUGACAAAAGGACUUGUUCGAAAGGUGGCAUCCUAUGAUGUUGCCACAUUAAAAGUCACUAAGGUCUUCAGUAAGGCUAUUCUACUGCCAAUAUUUGUCUAUGGAGAUUGCAUGGCUGUGUACUUGAUUUUAUACACCUGUCAGCAAAGGAUAUGGCUGAAAUAGCUAAUCUGCUAAUUUGAGGGGUGUCCACAUUUUUGUGUAUAUAUAGUGUAUAAUGUUAGACUAAAACAUAAUUUCAAACCUUGCUUACAUUUGUAUAUGUUCACGUCUCUCCAUUAUGCGUGGGAAUAAUUGGGAACAGAUUUCUUAAAUUAAAAUCACUUGGAGCUGAUUUUCCUAGUGUUUUUACAGUCUUAUGUCCAACAAUACCUUCCACACAAUUUAUUGUUUUUUUGAUCAGAACUUGGGGGGCCAAAUAAAACCACCCGCAGGCCGCCAGUUGGGGAACCCUGUCCUAAGGUGUGAGCUCACAACAAAGAACAGCUUGUCUUAAACUACCCCUAACCUGCAUUCGUACAUACACUUGUCAAUGAGUGAAAUUUCAAAGUUUUAUGGAAAAAGCUGAAUUUCUAGCAAAAGAGGCUCUGAGAUGGAAUCAAACUGAUGUUCUCUAUGAAAUGGACACAUCCCAUCCUUUUAAUAACAAGUCUGUUUGUGCUAAAACUAUUCAAUUUUCCAUUCAUUAUGACCAAUGGCUCUUUGUGUUGAGCUCUGUUCAGCAUUCGGUAUUGUGAACGUCAUUUCUAUACAGCCAUUGUUGCCGGGGGAGCUUCUGGUUGUUAAUGGACAUAACAGGAAAUCUAUUCAUUGUUGGACUUGUGUUCUAUUUGUGAUAUGUAUAUUUCCAGAACAGAUUAUUCAGCAGUUAAUUUGCCACUGGGCUAGAUGAAUAGGAGAUCUACGUUAGACCCAGUAACAGUGUGAGGUUAUAUACAUGAGAGAUGGGCAGGUCAGGCGAACCAGGGGUUUAUGAAUGGAGAUGUAUGAGAGAACACAGAUCAAGGGAGGCAAGAGCCAAAGGCAAUGCUCCUUCUGAGCUGUUGCUACAGUACAUACACCUGUGCCCUCUGAGCACACUGGAUGUGUGCUCACUUGUUCACAUACAUACGCACCGACGUCAUCGCACAGUGUCUCUGUCAAAGGUUUAGAAGAAUGGCUACAGCACGACAUGUUUACUCACUGUACCUUCUCUGGUGAGAGACGUACAGAGAACGGUGUUUGUUCAGCUGGCCCCUUACAUUUUCACUUUUCAUCAAUAGGAAAAAAGCCCUUUAAAGUAGCCAUGUGUCACCCAGGGUCGUGCUACUCUUCCUGGACAGAGACGGGAGUGGGUCUGACCUAGUGAGAACCAGUGUGGAGCCUGUCUCUGUUUCUGUACUGGGGGAUGAGAGAGCUCUGUUGUCUGAGAGAAUCCAACUUCCUGCUUGGCACUCCCUCCCUGUACAGCAGAGCAGGGUAAUUAUAGAGGAACCGGCCCAGCAGGAUCCCCCUGUCUUAAUGACCACACACACCGCACCGAAUGUUGAUCUGCCGCUUGUCUGCCGUUCGUUUGGCGUGGCGUGUUUUAGGGACCACCCGCUGUAGAUUUGUUUUGCAAAUUACGUCCGGCACCCUGUUCAGAAUUGCUAAGUACUUUCGGCUGGCAAAUGCUACCGAUGUGUCCAUGCCUUUCCACUACUGCUCUUUCCUGUCAACUGGCAGGCAGACUGUGCAGUGUUCUCCAUACACCGCCUUCUCCUUUUAAAGACAUACUAGUGUGUUGUCGUCAUGUAUCAUGGCAAGGAAACAAAACAUGAAGUGGACUACAUUUCCUGAUUUUUUUUUAUUUUUUUUAUUUGUAUAUUUUUAUUAUAUUUUUUUAUAUAUUUUUUUAAACAGUCCUAAUGGUAAAAAUAACAUUGCUGCAGUCACUCAAUCGUGAUACUGUAUUGUGACACCAAACACACACUGUGCCCCCUCUAGUGCCCCCUAAUAACUCUCUCUCUCCUCCAGGAUUCUCGUUUCUCCAAUAAGACAUUGAAGCGCACCAGGAAGUUUGUCAUUGACGGCUUGGAGGUCAGUGUGACCACAUCCAAGAUCAUCGGCGAUGAUGAGAAGAAAGAUGAAGAGAUGAGGUUUCUCAGGCAAGUCACACUGCUUCCUGGAAAACAGUGAUAAGAUAUUCAGUAUACCAGUAAACAAUGUAUACCAGUCACUGGUUUCAUAUGGGCCAAAUAUUUCACUAUUUUGCAUGACUGUGUACGACUCCCUAAACAGCCCCAAUUUGACAACAAAUAAUUGAAUCUUGGUAGAGGAUUCUGAAACGUCACGAGUUGAAGAUCUGGCACAAAGUGUGCUUUCAUUGCCAUCUAUUGGUGAUAAUUUGACACCACACUCUGUUGGUUCAUCAGUUCAGUCUAUGGUUCAUGCACAGUCGGAGACUAGUGAUUACUCACACACUACCUGGUAAGAUUCCACUAAUCUGUAAACUCUGUUCUCAUCGUGAUGAGGGAGCAAGGCUUUCCCAUAAACUCUACUUUCCUCUUAUCUGUUUUUAAUCCAAGGCAAUGUCAUCUCCCUCAGUGUUUUAGACUGUCCAAAAGUAUGUAAAGGUCAUGACCUAAGACCGUAAGAAUAUUUGAACUUAUUUUGAACUGUGUGUCGUGUGCGCCCGUGUGUGUGUGCAGGCGUCAGGAGCUGCGGGAACUGCGUCUGCUGCAGAAGGAGGAGCACCGUGCUCAGGCAUUACUCAACACCAAGCUGGAUGCUCAGAAGGAGCAGAUGCAGCGACGCUUCGACCAGGAGAUGAACGUAGGACUACACACACACUGACACACACACUAUAGUCUUGCAUCGGGUUGGAUACCCACGGUUCCCUGCGGGUGACCCAAAAAAUAAUAAUCAGCUAGCGGGUGUAAUGAAAACAUUAUUUCAACCCGAGGGUCGGCUUGUGGUUCAGAACAAUUAUAUUGUGGGUCGGAAAUGUUUUAAAUCAAGAUAAUAUCUUUUUUACAAACCCAGGAGCUUGUUGCAUUGUGUUGCGGAUUCCAUUCUGUGAGACAUAGCCUAGGCUGCCAGCCACGCACACAGUGAGAGAGGAGCAGGGAACUGUCUAUUAUUUGUGUGGUGCUGAAACAUUCCUAAUUUGUCCAUGUGCAGCGCUUAUGUUCCCUCCCGAACAUGACAAUACGUUGCCAAAUUCUGGCCUCCUUUCCCUGGCUAGCCUAACUUACGCGGAAAUAGCUAAUGUAGCCUGACCAGAGAAAUAAAAAGAGAGCCUAUGAUAAUGAUGGUGGAAUACACCAUUGUGGAAACAGGUGCUGCGUGAGUGGAAACCCCGGUUUGGAAGGAUUUUGGACUCAUUGUGGACAAGGAGGACAGCCUGGUAGUAUUUGUUUAUGAUAAUUCAGUUAAUUAUUACGCUAAUUCAGGCUUUCGUUCAUUUAGACAAUACGCAGGCCAUAUAAAAUCUCAACCUAUGUGUGUGCACAAAAGUAUUUUAUGGGCCUAAUAGUAAAGUAAUGUCAUAUAAAUGGUAAAAAAUGUUUUACCUUUUAAUUUGGCAUGAACACGACCAGUCAUGAUAUGUUUUUAUCUUAUUGUCCAACAAAUCAGCUGCGCAUUUUGGUCAACUCCAAAAUAAUUCCAGCAUCCAAACAGUGCACUUCUCACUCACGCCAUUUGAUGAAUGGAAAGAGACAUCUGUUACAAAACACAAAGUGUAAUGACAUUCGAAUCGAUUGUCAUUGGGUCUAAACCAGCUGUCUGUUCCCAAACUAGGGGUCGCGUGAGAAUUUCAAAAAUCCUAACAAUUUUCUUUUUUACAUUUGGGAAAAGAUUUAGCGUCUUUAUCUCAAAGUCAUGUAAUGUGGUAUUUCUUAAAAACCUCUAUGAAAAUUAUUGAAAUCUAAAAGAGAAAAUUAAACCAGAGUGCCCUUGGAUCGUGAGAGAACCUGUACUUGUGCCCUUAAAUUGGAAUGAUUCAAGUGCAACAGUCAAGUGCGGCCUUUCGAGCUGUCAUGUGACCGAAUGCUGCAGACAAAGCUUUCACGGGUCAUUACGGAGGAGUUUUGGUUCCUGACUCAAAAGGAAUAGCCUGCCGUCUCUCUGAGCAUUAAAACUCAUGGUACCCUUCACCCAGCGCAUAUACAGUACCAGUCAAAUGUUUGGACACACCUACUCAAGGGUUUUUCUUUAUUUUUACUAUUUUCUACAUUGUAGAAUAAUAGUGAAGACAUCAAAACUAUGAAAUAACACAUUUGGAAUUGUGUAGUAAGCAAAAAAGUGUUAAACAAAUCAAAAUAUAUUUUAUAUUUGAGAUUCUUCAAAUAGCCACCCUUUGCCUUGAUGACACUCUUGGCAUUCUCUCAACCAGCUUCAUGAGGUAGUCACCUGGAAUGCAUUUCAAUUAACAGGUGUGCCUUCUUAAAAGUUAAUUUGUGGAAUUUCUUUCCUUUUUAAUGCGUUUGAGCCAAUCAGUUGUGUUGUGACAAGGUAGGGUGGGUAUACAGAAGAUAGCCCUAUUUGGUAAAAGACCAAGUCCAUAUUAUGGCAAGAACAGCUCAAAUAAGCAAAUAGAAUUUACUUUAAGACAUGAAGUUCAGUCAAUACCGAACAUUUCAAGAACUUUCUUAAAGUGCAGUCGCAAAAACCAUCAAACGCUAUGAUGAAACUGGCUCUGAGGAUCGCCACUGGAAUGGAAGACAAUAUCAUUCUUAAUUCAUGGCAUGGUUUCCUUUUAUCCAAAUGUUGAAUAGAAAUACAGAAAAAUUAAUUCACGCAGAAAAAAGGAAUAGCCUAAACUACUCUGGAGUCAAAAACAAUUAAAUCAAUUGAUGUUAUUUGACGGGUCACUGAUCGGCUCUCGGAACAAUUCUAUGCGGGUGGGUCAGGUUGCGGAGAAAAAUCUGUGCUGAUAUCGGGUGGGGAUCGUAAUUGAUGUGGCCGGCGCGGGGCUGGUGUGCACUGAUAGAGGCCUCUACAUACCAAUGGUCUCUUUUCAUCUACACCCACUAAUGUAAAAAAGACCAGAAUUCCUUGAUUCCUCCAAUCUACACCAACACCAUAAUAUUAUCUCUCUUCCUCUGUUUAUGGAAUGAAGGAAGGAACCCCUGAGUUCACUCUAACACCCACACUCCUGUCAUAUCAACAUCCAUUUGGAUAGCUGUCUGAUUAAGGGAAUCCCUUUUCCACAACCUCCCACACAUGUCUAUGAACAAGUAGGGGAUCUCCUCUCUGCAGAGGAGGCUGGUGGGAGGAGCUAUAGGAGGACGGGCUCAUUGUAAUGAAUGGAAUGGAGUCAAACGUGGUUUCCAUAUGUUUCAUGUGUUUGACGCCGUUCCAUUUAUUCCAUUCCAAUGAGCCCGUCCUCCUAUAGCUCCUCCCACCAGCCUCCUCUGCCUCUCCUUUUUGACAUUUUCCAAACCUUCCCAGCUUUGUCCCCUCUUAGCCCACCAGGAUCAUGGCUACUUAUGAUAUAAAAAUGGCGAUUAGUUUUAUUUCUUGCUGAACAUGUUUAAUUCCUUCUCUCUGCUCCUCCAAGGUGAAGAAGAAGUACUAUGACACGGAGCUGGAGAGCCUCGAGAAGCACCAGAAGCAGACCAUCGAGAAGAUGGAGACGGACCACACCAUGAAGCUCAGGGACGAGACCAAACGUAUCCGCGCCGAACAGGACCGCGACUACAACAAGUUCCAGGAUCAGAUGAAGCGCAACAAAAAGGAGGUGAGGGAGUGCGUGUGCCUGUGUAUUCAUGUUCUAGUGUGUGGACGGUGGGCAUCAAAAUGAAAGCAGUAUUGUUAUUAAGUCAAUACGUUUUACAAUCAUUUUUCCAGGUGAAGAAUGAGAUUGAGAAGCUCCCCAGAAAGUCACGGAAAGACAGCAUGAAACAGAGAAUGAACACCUUUACACAGAUGAAACAAACUGAGGUAAACACAAGCUGCUUUCUUUUUCACUCCACCACUGACCUCUAAAUCCAGUUAAUAUACUAACGGUAGCUAGCUAUAAUCACAUAUUAACGUCUCAUCACUGCCUGUUUCCUGUGGUUUAGGAGCAGAACUACCUGUCGGCCCAGAAGAACCACCUGGACAUGACCCUGAAGAGGAUCAUCUCAGAGAACAAGAGGGAGAUCUCAGAGACGGAGAGGCAGUGUCUCAACAAGAAACAGCACCUUGUCAGAGGUACAGCAUCAGUCAUGCUGGAUGGCUGGGUGCCAUCAACACAGUUAUCAGAAUGACAGUUGCUGCUCGUCUGGGAGGGGUCUAGUCAGAACCCCUUCACAGGGAAGCUAACGCCCUGAGAUCUAUUAAAGGGAUGGUUUGAGAUUUUGGCCAUUUCUACAUACCCAGAGAGAUUAACUCAAGGAUACCAUUUUUAUGUCUUUGUGUAGUUUGAAGGAUGCUCGUUGAAUAUAGUUUCUGGAGCCAUUGCUAACUAGCAUUAGCACAAUGACUGGAAGUCUACAUGAGGCAGCUAGCAAUGGCUCCAGAAACUACCUUUUAACUUCCUUCAAACUGCACACAGAGACAUACCAUUUUUAUCCAUGAGUUCAUCUGACUCUGGGUAAGAAGAAAAAAGGGCUUCAUUGCUAAAAUCUCAAACUAUCCCUUUAAAGUACACAUUUUGAUCUCUGUUCAAGCCCUAUCCCCCUCAAUAACUUUUAACAAAUGCUUACUCAGUGUUUACACUCUCUCUCCCCUCAGAUACAUUUAAUCUCACUGACUUGAGAGUUGACGUUCUCUUCUUCCAACUGCUUUCAAAACUAUUUUCAUUCACUGGCUGUCUCUCUCCCUCCUCAGAAAGGGAAGCUACUAUCUGGGACCUAGAGGAGAAGAACCUUCAUGAGAAGCACCAGUUGCUGAAACAGCAGCUAAAAGACCAGUACUUCCUCCAACGGCACCAGCUGCUCAAGAAGCAUGAGAAGGUACAGUAACCCUAUCCGUGUGGCUGGGAAAGGAACCUACUGCAGUUAUCGGGGUUAAACUUGUAUGCCCAGCUAAUAUCCUCAAACAACCCCUUACCUUUGCGUAGUGUGUGUGCGCGCGCGUGUCCUCACCCUCAUACAUGACUGUCUCCCCAGGAGCAAGAGCAGAUGCAGUGCUACAACCAGCGGAUGAUUGAGCUGCUGAAGGCCCGGCAGCAGCAGGAGAAGGGUCGCCUGCCUAAGAUCCAGCGCAGCGAGGGCAAGACCCGCAUGGUCAUGUUCAAGAAGAGCCUCCGCAUCAACUCCACUGGCAGCACCUCGGAGGACCGCGAGAAGAUCAAACAGGUACCAGACAACUACAGAACGGCCUUGUUCGGGGGGGGGGGACUGGGUAUAAAUGGAGGAGAAAAUCAAACGUAGUGUAGCCAUGGGAUGGAGGUUAGAGAGGCAAUAAGAUCAAAUAGAUGAGCACUGACGUCUCUUCAAAGGUAUACUUACCUCAGGAAAAAGUGUGCGAGUGUUAGCUAGAAAAUAGUAAUAUAUCGUACUCGUAUCGCAGAACUGUAUCAGGCCUAAGUGGUGUGAACUCAUCCUCAUCUCUCUCCCUCUUGUGUGUGUGUGCCUCCCCAGUUUGCCCAGCAGGAGGACAAACGUCAGAAGGCUGAGCGGCUGCACCAGCAGCAGAAGCAUGAGAACCAGAUGAGGGACAUGGUGGGCCAGUGUGAGGGCAACGUCAGGGAGCUCCAGCAACUACAGGUGACCUACUGUACACCACACUAUUCACAGAGACAGAGAGAGAUAAUGUCCAGCUAUAUGUAUCUUAUUUGACCCUGGGUGUCAAAGCCUUGCACAUCAUUUUUGACCUGAGCAUACCCACCUGCCUGAAAGCCUCACAGGAGAACCGAUCUGCAUUAGAAUGCCUUAAAAGCCUCACAGGAGAACCGAUCUGCAUUAGAAUGCCUGAAAGCCUCACAGGAGAACCGAUCUGCAUUAGAAUGCCUGCAUGAAUGUGGCACAAUGCCUAGAGAAGGUAGCAUAAUGUACAAUAAUAGGAAAAUCCACAUUCAUUGGGUUUGUAAAGUAGGGAAAUGCGUUCCACAAGUGCUGCAUGAAUAGGGUUAUGUAAUGACUGACUGUAUUGUGAUGUGGGAGCAGAAUGAGAAGUGCCACCUGCUGAUUGAGAACGAGACUCAGAGGCUGAAGUAUCUGGAUGAGCAGCACAACCACCAGCUCAAGGAGUGGAGGGAGCAGCUCAUGCCCAGGAAAAAGGUACGCGGCCAUACCGUUGACAUUGAAAAGUUAACAUUGGGUGUCAUUUUCACUAGGUCUCAAAGCACUUUACAUUUACAUUGAUGUCCAUUACUGUUGUUGCCAUUAUUGUAAGAUAAGAUUGAAGUCCUACUCCAUUAUUAUUUUCUCCUGAUUUACUUAACAAAAGGCAUAGCUCAAUAAGUGGUCCAGGUAUGACAUGACAUGGCACAACUCCUUGAAUGGCCUUCUCCUUGAAGUUGGCAGUUGUGUAAAAAAAAAAAAAAAAAAAAAUAUCCAAAUAUUUUUGUACCCUUAAAGGGGCAAUCUGCAGUUGCUACACCAAUUUUUUGAAUGAUAUGACUUAAUUUAUAUCACACACACAUGCACACUAGGGAUGUAACGAUUCGGUCCCCGAUUCAAACGUUUAAGAUACGACUGCAUCGUUCCACGGACCCCAAACCGAUCCAAAUGUAGCAUGUAUCGGGAUGAAAAUCAAUUCAAACAAAUCGGCGACUCACUUUUUUUGUUGUUGCUCAUAUUGCUUUCUUUCUACCAUCCGAAAAUAUCCUCUCCUUCAGUGUCGAACUAAGCAUGUAACUGUGUUGACGGUCAUCAAUCUACAAGUCAUUUUGCAUGCCGAAUAACCCCAGGGAAUAUCAGUAGCCUAGUCAAAUUGCGCACUGUGCCCAGUUUUGCACACUCACCAUCGCGAGGUAGGCAUCCUGUUCUUGAUCGUGCAUAUCUGCGCGGCACCUUCAGCAUUGAAAUGCUAAAUGGCUUGAGCGAUAUUAGGCUUUUAUUUGAGUGACAACCUAUGUAAUUUGCUAGGCUAUUGCUAUGCGCUGAUGAAAAUGGCCUUUUACCAGAAUUAAAAGUAAGAUACCGGAGACUCUCAUAGGCUACCUGCUGAAUGGCGCUUACAAUAUCUUGAUUGUUCAGGUUCACCAUCAGCAGUAGUUUUGGUAGUUUUCCUUUAACAAUCAGUGUAUAUGGUCGUUUUUAGAUACACAAAGAUGCUAAUUUCAUAACUAGUACAGCAAUCACUUUGCGAGGUGCAAAGCGGGAGGAGAAAGGAAGCUCAGUAAACUUCCAAACGGUCAAAACCAUUACAUUUUUUAUUGGGGGUGUGGAAUCCAAAGUUGUGCUAUAUAUUCAUUGGCGAUGUCUUAGCUCAUUUGUAAAUGAUAAAUAUUGAUACAUUACUAGCUCAAGCACUUAAUCUGCAAAAAUGACAAGUUAAUUAGUGGGUGAUGAACCAAAGUGGGGGGACAAAAAACAGGCUACAUUGCCCCUUAAUCUGAUAAUGGUAGUGGUGUGGUAGAUGCCUAGUCUCCCUUAUGGCUCAGCUCAAGUGCCUACAUAGUAUAUCAUUUACACACACACACACACAUACAUAAUUUACACACACACACACACACACACACGUCAGCUCAGGCAGAUCCAGCUCAGAGAGCCCCAGCUCAUAAGCUCCAUCAGCAGCAGAUUUGAAUUUAGAAUGGAAAAUGAAUGUAUUUUAUGCAACAAAUAUUAGUAAUAUCGCUUCAAACUAAAACCCAAAAUUAUAAGCUUGUUUUACUUCAAUGUUUGUAAACAUUUAAAAUGUAAACAAACACUUUCUAGUCUCAAAACAUACUUGAAACUAUAAUUUUGAUAUCUUGGAUGGUCAGUCCUGGCAUCCAUAGCUCUGUCUGUGAAUUUGAGUGGUUACAUUUCUCCAGGCCCAUCCCCAAGCAUUUUUCCAAAACAGAGGUGGGGAGUAUACUUUGUUAUUGUUUCAACUGCGGCUUGCCCCUUUUAAGUGUGUGUACAUUACUGUAUUUAUACUUGGAAUAUUGUUUUUUUCAACAGAAAGUUCAAAAUAGUUGGAGUGCGUUUAAAGUGAAGCUUAUCUUUCUCUACCCAUCUCUCCUUCUCUCUCACCCUCCCAUCUCUCUUCUCUCUCCCUCCCCCCCUCUCUCCCAGGCUCUGGAAGAGGAGCUGACCCAGAGGAAGAGGGAACAGGAGGUGUUCUUUAAGUUGAGUGGGGACUCUGAGUGCCUGAGCCCCAGCUCCCCAAACAAACUCACAAAGUUCCUGCCUUACUCCGAGUCCUCUACCACGUAG